AAAUGUUGGUAAAUUUCAAUCUUACUGGAGAAAUAAAGGUGAAUAAUAUUAAACUGAUGAAUCCUGCCUUGAGAUCUGGAGGUUCUUGGAAACCUGCACAUUGCAUAUCACGGCACCGUGUAGCCAUUAUAAUUCCUUAUCGAGACAGGCAUCAACAUCUUUUGACAUUACUUUAUCACCUGCUGCCAAUGCUUCGAAGACAACAACUGGAUUUUCGGAUUUUUGUCGUCGAACAACAAGGAAAUGAAACAUUUAAUAAAGGACGUAUUAUGAAUGCAGCUUUUAAAGAAGCCUUAAAACUCUUCACAUUUCAUUGUUGUAUAUUCCAUGAUGUUGAUCUCAUUCCUGAAGACGACCGGAAUAUGUACUCCUGUCCAGAAUUCCCUCGGCAUUUAUCUGUUGCCAUUGACGAAAUGGAAUACAGGCUAGCAUACUCAAUAUUAGUUGGUGGUGUUCUGAAUUUCAAAGUCGAACAUUUUCAAAUGGUGAAUGGAUAUUCAAAUUUGUACUGGGGCUGGGGAGCAGAAGACGAUGACAUGGCUUACAGAAUACUUAAUAAAAGAUUAAAAAUAAUUCGCCCUCCAGCAGGAGUGGCAAGAUAUAAAAUGGUACGUCACCAAAAAAGAAAACCUGCAAGCUGGGCAAAACGGAGCAAACUUUUGAGGACUGGACGUAAAAGAGCUAAGUUUGAUGGACUAAAUAAUGUUAAAUACAAACUUAUCUUUUCUCAUGAGGAUGCUUUAUUCACACAUUUUAUGGUUGAUAUAGGACCAGCUCCAAAGAUGAUAUAAUCUUCGAACUUGAAAAAAAAAAAGAGUUUUUGAAACUGACAAAAUUUUGGGUUAAUAUUUGGUUUAUUU